UCUCUUUCUCUCUCUCUCUAGGGUUUCGAUAUUCUCUCCGCUAGGGUUUCAUUGACCUCCAGUUGCGAAUCUUCUUAUCGCAAUUCUUUAAAUUUAGGGGUUUUAAGUCCCAAUUUUUGAGAAGUUUUAGUCUUUGUUCGACGAAAUUGUGAAAACAAUGCCUCCACGAACGGUGAAGAGAGGUGGGGGGUUGGGGCCGCGGAGAACGGCGAGAGCCACCAGAGGGGCCCAGAAGGCCCAGAGUCAGCCGCCGGAGGCUGCCACCGAAGAAGUGGCGAAGGUCGAGGAGGUCCCCGUUCAGGCUGUGGAGGAAGUCAAGGUAGAGAAGAAGCCAGUCGUCGAGGAAAAGCCGGUUCCGGUCGAUCUUGAACCGGAGGUGAAACGAGACGUGAACGUUUCGGGUCCGGAGAAAAAAGAAGAAGAGGUGAAGGAAUCUGUUGAUGAAUAUGAAAAAGAUGAACGGUUGGAACUAGAGGAUAAUGACCCUGAAUAUGAACAUGAGGAGUAUGGUGGGGUUGAUUAUGAUGAGAAGGAAAUAGAACAAGAGGAUGUUCAGGAGGUGGGGGAUGAAGGAGAGGAAGAAUUUGAGGAGAAUGUUGAUGAAGAAGAAGAGGGUGAUAUGGUUGAGGAGGACAUGGAAGAUGUUCAUGAAGAACUUGAGGGCGAAGAGGAUGAUGAGCAGCAUGCUGGUGAGGAGCAGGAGCAUGCACAGCUGGUUGAUGCUGAGGAAGAGGAGCACAAUGAAGUUGUGAAAGAGAGGCGCAAACGUAAAGAGUUUGAAGUAUUUGUUGGUGGUUUGGACAAGGAUGCAAGUGAAGAUGAUCUUAGGAAAGUUUUCAGUGAAGUUGGUGAGGUUACUGAAGUCAGGCUGAUGAUGAAUCCUCAGACUAAGAAGAACAAGGGUUUUGCAUUCUUGCGUUUUAAAACUGUGGAGCAAGCAAAACGGGCUGUUACAGAGCUGAAACACCCAGUGAUCAAUGGGAAACAGUGUGGUGUUACUCCAAGUCAAGAUAGCGACACCCUUUUUCUGGGUAACAUAUGCAAGACAUGGACAAAAGAAGCCCUGAAAGAGAAGUUGAAACAUUAUGGAGUCCAUAAUGUUGAGGAUUUGACAUUGGUUGAAGAUAGUAACAAUGAGGGAAUGAAUCGGGGGUUUGCUUUUUUGGAAUUUUCGUCUCGUUCAGAUGCCAUGGAUGCCUUUAAGCGUCUUCAGAAGAGAGAUAUUGUGUUUGGAGUUGAUAGGCCUGCAAAGGUUUCUUUUGCAGAUUCUUUCAUUGACCCUGGUGACGAAAUUAUGGCACAGGUUAAAACUGUAUUUGUGGAUGGUGUUCCUGCUUCAUGGGAUGAGGACCGUGUCCGAGAGCUUCUCAAGAAAUAUGGAGAGAUUGAAAAGAUUGAGCUUGCCCGGAAUAUGCCAAGUGCAAAGAGAAGGGAUUUUGGUUUUGUUACAUUUGACACUCAUGAUGCUGCAGUGACAUGUGCUAAAAGCAUUAACAAUGCAGAGUUGGGUGAAGGAGAUAGCAAGGCUAAAGUUAGGGCCAGAUUGUCAAGACCACUUCAGAGAGGUAAAGGAAAACAUGUUAGUCGUGGAGAUUACCGACCUGGGCGUGGGGUUGGGAGAGUUGCCAGGAGUUCAUGGGGUCGUCCAGCACCACGUAGUCUCCCUAUGCAUGGAGUAAGAGGAAUUGGAAGUCGCAUCCCACCAGUCAGUAUGAAGAGACCUGGCGGCUUGAGAGAUAGACGCCCUGUUGUGUCCAUGCCGACAAGAGGCAGGCCCUUGGCUCCUCCAGCUAGGUCAUAUGACAGAAGAGCACCUGUUCCUUCAUACCCGAAGAGUAGCUUGAAGAGAGAUUAUGGUCGGCGUGAUGAUCUUCCUCCUCCAAGGAGCAGAGCUGCCACAGAUUAUGGUCCUAGGGCUGUUCCAGAAAGACGCCCAUCAUAUAGAGAUGACUACUCCUCCCGUGGUCCUGCUUACUCUGAUAUUCCUAGAACUACAUCACGUCCAGCUGCAAGGAGAGCUUAUGUGGAUGAUGGCUAUGGCCAAAGGUUUGAAAGACCUCCUCCUCCUCCUCCGAGUUACCGUGAGGGAAGGGCUCGUGAUUAUGACACCAUUUCGGGGUCAAAACGACCAUAUGCUGCUCUGGAUGAUGUACCCCCACGUUAUGCUGAUUCGGGUGUCCGCCAAUCUAGGGCUCGAUUAGAUUAUGAGUACAGUGGUGGUGCUUCUCAAUAUGGGGAUGCUUAUGGUGAUAGACUUGGGAGAUCUAAUCUAGGAUAUAGCGGAGGCAGAAGUUCUGUCUCAAGUCAGGAUUCACAUGGGCUCUAUAGCAGUCGUCAGGGCAUGAGUUAUGGAGGAGGUUCUUUCGGCAGUAGUGAUGUUGGUGGAAUGUACUCAUCAAGCUAUGGUGGUGAUUAUAUGUCCCGUGGAAGUGAUGUUGGUGGUAGCUCUUACUCAUCAAUGUACUCUAGUCGUGGUGUGGGUGGCAGCAGUUACAUGGGAACUGGUGGUUCUGGAUCAUAUUAUUGAGAUCUGACAUGACAAAGAUGCUGCUGUAGGAUGUGAACUAAAUCAAGCUUAUGCUUUAUGAUGCCUCUGGUGGAGUGAGUGUUGCCAAGCUUAAAGGCCCCCCAUAAUUGUGGGAGUGUUUUACCGAAAGGGGCUGUGUUGGUUGAAGCCAUCUUAGAAAUCUAUAAAUGUGAUUAGUUUUUAAGUCGGAAUUUUAUGCUGUAUGGAAAACUAAAGUUAUUCAGAAAUGAAUUCAAGAAGUGAUUAGCAUGUGGUUAUGUAUGAAUUACAUAUUUUAUUUUCUAUAUAAGACUCCACUUGAUGGACAAAUGUGGAGGUGUGCUGCAUCAUCUGUUCUUCUGGACAGAACAUGAUGAGAUUGAGGCUUUUUUCUGUAAUUGGUUAAGGGAUUUUUGGAAAUCUUCUUGUGCUUAAAUUCGUUGGAAAAGUUCUGGUUAUUUCACGGGAAAUCUUCUUGGCUUCUUCUACUAGACAUUUUGGUUAUCAUGGACCACAUGCUCUUUCCAGCAAUACAACCUUUAUGAAUAUGGAGGUGAAUAAACAAGCUACUUCCUGAAGGUAGUAGAAAAUAUUGAGCUUGUUUGGAACAGCUAUGAAGUAUGAGAAAUGAGGUCAUAGAUUGUUGGCCUACAUGUUAGUCAUUUUGUUUUCGUUUGGUUGAUAUAGAUUGGGAAUUGUAUGUCAUUGGUUGUGGAAAACUAGUGCUACUUCCCAACUCAUUGAGAACACUCUAGCUGAUGGAAUGUAGAAGACAAGAUUAAUGGCAUGCUAAUUAAUAGUUUGUAUGUAUUUUUGUUUGAGGAAUAUCAACUGACCAACCCCUGUACAAUGGACUAGUCUUUUAACCCUGUGAGAGCUUCAUUUGGAACUUGUCCCCUACUAAAUUAUUGGUAAUAUAAAAUCUCAGAGCUUGUAUAAUUAAUGGAGAAGUUAAGGAUGGAGAACUGCAUUUGUAAUCCCCAUCUUUCCAGAAUUUUAACAAUCCAGAGGCCGCGCCUUCUUGUAUGGAUCAUAAACAGGUGCUGCUUUUCAAAUUGGUUGAGAAAAACUUGGGGAUUUGGUUACUGCCCCCACUCUGAGGUUUGUUCUACCAAGGAUUUUCUUCUAUGAAUAAAUUAUCGAGUUUUACACCUUUUCAAUGGCUAUAGGACCGAGUGAUUUCUUAAUAAAUUUUUGCAGUGUGAGUCUCAAGUUUUAGCUAUUCAUUUUUUUUAUUAUUGGAAGGCUGCUGUUGACUUUGUGAGAGAGUUGAGAAUGGUUCUUAUGCAAGCUGUUUCUUAUUAGGCUUCUUCUCGGGGUUUAUUGGGAUAUGGCUGUGUGUCCAUCUGUUUCUGGAUAAAUCAGGCAUUAUUGAUUCAUCCAGUGGUAUGUUGGAAAUGUUCUUCCCUUGGUUUGAAGUGAUGAGUAUUGGGUUUUGUAUAGAAAACUUCCAUUAGGUUAUGGGUCAGACGAGAACUAGAUAGUAAUAUUAAUAUGUUUGUUUUUGAGUGUGAAUUUUAACCAUUUUUGUAUGCUUUUAAAUAGAGCUACCAUUGGAUUCCAGUCUCUCACAGGGCGUAGCUCCUCGCAAGUUGUUGUUUGGCUGCCUUGAAACUCUUUUAGCCUUUCAGGUGCUACAUCACCUUGUACUUAAUUUGACACUGUUUUGUGUCUUUAUAUACAGUUUCUGUGAAAUGAAGUGAUAAUUCUUGUAAUUUUCUCUCUCUCUCUCUCUCUC